UUUUCUUUUUUUCUAUUACGUUUUUAUACGAGCAACAAAGAAACGCGAAAAGUAAGCUAAUUCAAUCGACAGCUAUAAGAUGCCACGCGGAAAGUACCAAAAUCAUAAAGGCCGCAGCCGUCAAUUUACACCAGUCGAGGAGCUUCAGCGUGAACAUGAGCUGGAGGUAUGCAUAAUGUCAUCUCAGCUCAAGAUGUUAAACACUAGCGUUAGCAGCAUUGAUUCCAUCCAGGAGGUAGACAGCAGCAGCGAUAAAAGCUCCGAAUUUGGAAGUCUGGCUGGCCGUUCUAAUGGGAACAGUAAUAAUAGUGGCGCCAGUGGCAAAGCCACCACCAAGGGUCGCAAGCUGGGCGGAGCUGUUGAGGGGUUGAUUGAGAUAUCGAACCCGAAUCGCCCGAUUAAGAAGUCCCAAAAAUUGGCCCUCCUCAAUGGCGAUGACAAGGGCAAACCCACUGAAGAUCCAUUGCUAGAGAAGCGUCGUCGUGAGCGUGCUCGUGAGAAGCCACGCUCCAAUUCAAAUCAGAAAACAGCCAGCGAGGCCAGUGCCGAUCUUGCUCGUCUAGCUAUCGUACGCAAGAAACGCGAAGCGGCUGCCGAGCAACGUUUGGCUGCUAAAAGGGAGAGUAACAAUCCUGCUGGUGAUGGGACAGCACCAUACACAUCCAAAUCGGACAUAUUCAUAAAGAAGAAGAACAACAAACACAAGUCAGUGACCAUGGUUGAGGGAACCAAUGAGUUCCUCAAGAAACCCAACACCGAAGUGAAUGUUGCCAAAUUUGUAAAAGGCGGCCGCAAUGGCAACAAACUGAAAGAGGGAACCCAAAAGCAACAA